ACAGCGCGUCUCUGUGUUGAACACAGGUAGGCUAGCCAGCCGCCAUUUUUGUUUUCUUUCACUUUCAAGCACUUCCGUGUUCAGGUGUGGACGAACUGUUAGUGCUUUAAACGCUUUUUCCAGCGCUGGACUCAGAGUGACUUAACUUCAUCUGUGAACAGUGAGCAAGGCAUCAUGGGUCUGGGAGAGACCUCGCUCAAGUGGCGGCUGGCCAUCAUGCUGCAAUUUCUGGGUUUCCUCCUCGGCAUUGCUGCAGUGAGCUCCACGUAUAUCUCAGCGGCAGAGGUGAUACCAAACAGAGAACAUCAUGUUGGGUUCUGGGACAUCUGCUUUGAUACACAAACAUAUGGCUGUCAGGAUUACCCUGAGUAUUUGUCUUCAAUUGGGGAAGACGCAGACUGGGUUUAUGCUUGUCGGGGUCUUGUGGUGGUGAGUCUUAUAGCUGGCGUAUUUGGCAUGCUCGUGUCGAUUUACCUGGCAUACAUGGCUUCCGGCAUUCACAUGGCAAGUCUGGUCACGGCAGUCCUAAAUUUUCUUGCUGUGGUGUCUGGCCUGAUCGGCAGCAUCGUAUUCCUGGUCAACAGUCUGCAGAUUCUGAAGGAUCAGCUGCAGAUGGACGUAUACCCGUCCUGGUCCUUUGCCGUGAUCAUCAUCGGGCUGUCUUUUUACUUUCUGGCGGCCAUCACACACAUCUUUGAACUCUGCACAGCGAAUUAAAGGGAGAUUCAUGCUAAUUGUGUACAUGGAUAUAUAUAUAUAUGUAAAGUUCUGUCGCAAGAAAAAUAAGUGACUCUGUUCGACCUUACUUGAAAUGGGAGGUAAAUAGAACCAGAAUACUAAUUCUUCUUUCCGCAGGGAUACAUGCGUAUGUUUUUAUUUCUUUUGGGAGGAAAUUGAUGUGAGAUUGUUUAUAGACUUACUUGUGAAUGAGAAUUUUAAAGAAAUUGGCUGUUGGUGAUU